AUGAACGAGCCGGCCGUCGCCCUCGUCACCACGUCUCGGAGACGAGGCAGGGCAGACCACGCCGCCAACAACGGCAUCACGCUCACGCUCACGCUCACGCUCACGCUCACGCAGCAUGUCCAGAAGCGCACGCCCAACGCCCAGCCGCUGCCGCCUCGUCACAACCUCCUCUCGCAUCCACCACGAGCCAUGAGGCUAUCCCCGUCCUUGGUAUCCUCGACGCUGGCGGCCUUUGGCGCCGCCGCCACGGCCAGCCCUCUUGCCUCCCGGGCUCAGUACCGGCUGCAGUGCGACGGCCUCAACCCGGCCACCUGCACGCCCUGGCUGCACACCUCGGAAUGCUACAGCCCGUCUACCGUGUGGUCUCCCUUCGACCUGGCCGUCUGUCUCUCUCCAGACUCGGCCCACAGCUGCUUCGAGUUUACGCGCUGCCGAGCCGCCUGCGAGUGCGUUUCCGCCUAG